CCAAAAUAUCGGUUAACAGAAAAAUUAAUACGUUUAAACAUACAUUGGACCUUUUGUUAAUACUCAAAGGCUGAACUAUUGAUUGCAGAUUUAUAAAUCCUUUAAUGCUUGUUGAAAACACUUUCAAACAAUACAAUAGCAUUUAAAGUUCUUUAGCGAUAACCUUUUAAUUUAGCUGACUUCUGUUACGUAUAGUGAAUAGAAUCGUUAUUGAAUGGUUAAAUAAACGAACAUUUGUACAUGGACAUACAUAUAAUAUAUUAUCUAAAGUGAAGUCAAAAAGACGAAGAAACAUUCAUAAAUAAUAAAUAAGUACAAUUAAAAUGUCAACAAGACAAAUAAGAAAUAAGACAUAUAUAAUCUAAGCGUAAAACAAUGUGAGUGUUUUGUGAAAUACCGUUUUUCUUAAAGUGCGGAUACGCUAUAAUUAACAGAAAACGUACACACAAGUUAGCAAUCGCUUCUUUAAGUUGGAUACUUUUAUUGAUUCUGUAUCUUCAACUAGAGGAUUCCCCGUCGACAAUACAGAUUACACUGUAUAAUCCACCAUCAUUUAUCAAGACCCAGCCCCGAGAGACCAGUCGUAUCGAUUUAACACCACCCCGGACCCCGCCCCGAGAGAAGUAUCACAAUGGGAGAGUUUAAGACGUCGUUCAACUCAAUACUGAGGCGUGACCUGAAGCACAUAUACAGUGGGUUCCCCCAGCCCCUCUCCUACAGGCACUCCAACCCUUACCCCACCCAGGAGCAACUCAAAAUGAAGUUUCCACAGGAGGAGAACACGAAGCUGAAGGCGCACGUGCUCAAGUCCUCUGAGUUUGUGCCGGAGUACAGUUGCCUGAUCCCGCGCGCGCCGGCGUUCCGUAUCCUCUCGAGGCACGACGUGAACGGUCUCGUGCAGCGCCUGUCGACGCCCACUGUCGCCAGCCAGGGUAUAUCAAACACGAGCGACAAGUCGAUGCUGCAGGAGAAGCAAAAGUCCAAUGCCAAGUACCUGGGCCUCCGCAACAUUGACUACAGGGAGCAGACGGCCAUCACAGCCCGCCUCGCCCGACCGACACAUUCCUCCCGGCAACGCGAGUUCCAGACGCGCAGUCACAUGGUCACCUCAGUGGACUGCUAGCGCGUGGCUCCGUCGAGUUCUAGCGCGUGACUCUGUCGAGUGCUAGCGCGUGGUUCGGUCGAGUGCUAGCGCGUGCUCCAUGGGGCGCAAGCUUAAGUGUUCCUUUUAAAUGUCCUGUACAAUUACUUAACUGGCUGCCGCUUCAUUGUGAUUUAUUAGUUUUGCAUGCUAUCUUGAUUUCGAUUUAAAUAGGAAUAGAUAUCACUUGACCUUUUAAAAUUGCUUAACAUAUACAGAGCAUUAAUAUUGAAUUAGUCUACAUUUCAAGGACACAAUUUCUUAUUACACAAUUUCGACUAUUUGUCCUAUUGGGCAAUCACUUAAAUGUUUGUAACGUUUGUGUUAACUGUUUACAAAAUCGGUAUUUUACUAUUUGAACAGUAUUAUGUAUUGUGUGUGUUCUUCUGGUCAACUUUAAAUAAAAGAAUA